AUGAAACCUGAGACAAUCUCAACAAGAUUAGAGAUUACAAAUUUAUUUUUAAUAAUUCUUCAUGUGAAUCCUUUUCAAGCAUCGCAAUCAAGAGUUAAUAUUUAUGUUGAAUCAUUUCAUUGCUUUUAUUCUCUUUGUUUGAUUUUUGUUGGUCCUCGUAAUGAUAAAUAUUCUUUAAAUAACUGUAGGCAUGCGGCAACAGGUACAUCGAGGGAGAAUCGAGCGCGGCACCAGAUGGUCUGA